AUGUCCAACAAUCAACAAGUCCUCCGCUCUGAGAUCGUUCUAGAGAAGUAUGGCAAGGCCCUUGCUGGAAAAACAGUGCUCAUCACUGGCGUUUCCGACGACUCCAUUGCAGGCGAACUCGCACUUCAGCUUUCCGCCGCCGAUCCAAAACUGCUCAUCCUGACUGCCCGUGCCGAAUCCAAGGUGGCAGGAAUUCAAGCAAAGAUCAAGUCAGCCAACCCAAAUGUGGAGACUCGCUUUCUCAACAUGGACCUGAGUGACUUGAGCGCCGUGCGAAAGGCCGUCGGGGAGCUAGCUGAUGUGACCCACAUUGACCACCUUGUCUCCGUCGCCGGUGUGAUGUUCCCGCCUUAUAGCAAGACCAAAGAUGGAUUUGAGAGCCAACUGGGAGUCAAUUAUCUGGCGAACUUCUUGCUCGUGAAGUUGCUCCUACCAAAGGUCCGCGCUGCGGGACCAGAUUCGUCUGUGGUUAUCAUGGCCUCGUCCAUGGUCAGACAAGGGAAGAUACACUUCGAUGACUAUAACUUCAGUGAUGGCCGAACCUAUGACCCUAGCGUCGCAUAUGGCCAGUCAAACGCUGCGAGGGUCAUGUUUGUCAAGAAACUGGGUGAGAAGUUGAAGAACGAGAAGAUUCGUGUUUUCAGUGUUGAUCCUGGUGCUGUUGAAACCGGUCUGCAACGACACUGCCCUCCCGGAUUUAUUGACCAGGUUGCCGAAUGGAAAAAAGCCGGAACCAUGGUUGAUAUGGAUGGAAAGCCCUUCGAAAUUCCCCCAUGGACUACUACCUCAGAGGGAGCUGCUACCGUUAUCACGGGAAUGGUUGACCCUACUAUUGCAGGGUUCAAUGGCUCGUACCUCAGUCGGAACGCAGUCUCAGAUCACGAAUUGCACGCCCAUAUCAACGACGAAGACAACUGGAUCAAACUCUGGGAGCUGAGCGAGGACCUGAUCCAAGAGAAGUUUUCGCCGUGA